AUGGGGAAACCGUCAGGGGAAAACAGCAGUUACAGUCGACUGAGAGUGUUCUCAGGAACUGUGCCAACGCCAGUGGGGGAAGAGUGUCUUGAACAUUGGCUGGAACAUGCACACCUAAUGUUCGAGGAAAGCGAGUGUUCAAAUAAGGAGCAACGACGAUGCAUUAUGGAAAGUCUGAAAGGCCCUGCGCUUGCGGUUGUAAAGGCUGUGCGGAAUGCUGAUCCAAAGGUGAUCGUCAAAGACAUGAGGCCUGUGUCUCUUGUUGAAGGUGAAGCCUUCAUAGACAUGAUCGAAUAUGCCUGCCCAGGCUUCAAAUGUCCCUCCAGGUGGUGGUUCACAAAGCAGUUGGAGAAGGCAUAUCAAAGUACUUUUGAAGAUCUGAAAAAAGACUUACAGAAGAGGUCAUCAAAAAUCACACUCACCACCAAUGCCUGGACAAGUAUUGCCACCGAGGCAUACCUCGGAGUGACCUGCCACUACAUCAACGACAACUGGGAGAUGGUCUCAUUAGUUUUGUGCACAAAGCCCCUUCAGGACCGACACACUGCAGAAAACAUUGCUCGCUGGAUUGAAGAGGUUGCUGAGAAGUUUGACUUCUCUCUCUGUGAUGAUGUCCAGGCGAUUGUCCACGAUAAUGCAGCUAAUGUGGUGAAAGCCCUUAGAAUCCUUGAGGAGAGGCAUGGUGUUGCCUCACUUCGAUGUGCUGGCCAUACCAUCCAGUUGAUCGUCAACCAUGCUCUUAAAGAUCCCCGGAUCAACAAGGCACUUGGGGCAGCAAGGAGCCUCGUCGGGUACUUCCAUUGCAGCGAGAUCGCCACCACAAAGUUGAAACUCAAACAAGAGCAAAUGGGCACAGCUCAACACAAGUUGACCCAGGAUGUAGCUGUUAGAUGGAAUAGUUCGUACCAUAUGAUCACACGCCUCCUUGAGCAGCGGUGGCCUGUAACCGCAACACUUUUAGACCCAGAGGUCACCAAUUCAGCAAAGCACUACAUGGAUAUGAAAGCUGACCAGUGGAGCCUCCUGGAGGAGCUACAGAAAGCACUUGAGCCCUUCGAGCAAGCCACCGUUUACCUAAGUGGAGAGGCAUACGUCACGGUCUCUGUCCUACCUCCACUGGUGAAAGGACUACAGAAGUCCACGGAGACAGCCUUUGAGUCUGCUCCCAUUACCACCUUCCAAACAACAGCCGCAGCAGAGAUUGCUUCAAGAUGGAAGUUUGAGACAACAUAUGAUGAAGACGGUAACAAUGUGUGCAUCUUCGCUGCGGCCCUUGAUCCGAGAUUCCGAAAGCUUAAGUUCCUGUCCACAGACGACAUCCCGAAGGUGAAAAACAAACUUCAGACCCUUGCACUUGAAGCCAGACGAGUGCAAGUCAGGGAAGAGCCUGAAGAUGACUCCCCCAGUGACCAGCCAGAUCACUCCAGACAGAAGCCAAAGUCUGUUAGUGUUCUGGACAUGUUGCUUGGCUCUGAUGAUGAAGAGGAGUUGGAAGAUGAAGACCCAGGCCAAGACCAGAGGGAAGAUGCAGUCAGGAAUGAACUGCUUGUGUACUUUGGGGAGAAACCCAUUCCAAAGGACAAAAACCCUCUCCAAUGGUGGAAGGAAAAUGAAACGAAGUUCCCCACCCUGGCUGUUGUGGCAAAAUCCUAUCUGGCUGCCCCUGCAAUAUCCACACCUUCCGAACGUCUGUUCUCAGCAGCAGGGACCAUUGUGAGCAAAAAAAGAGCAAGCCUCACCAAAGAGCACGUGGACAUGCUCACAUUCCUCCACAGUAAUUCAGAGUAG